UUUCGACCAAUAGCAUUGGGCCUUUUCUCUCGAUGCGAUUGGUGGGACCAGUCGCAUCUUCGUAGCGGGAAUGUGUAAACCUAUCGCAAAGCGUUCUGCAAUUGUUAACGUAAUACGAAUUUUUAUAAAACAAUUAAGUAACAUUUGUAAAAGAAAUCAUGCGCGUGUAAAGCGAUCGAUUUACAAACGUAAUAUCGAUCGAUACGACUGAAUAUAGGUAACCAGGGAUACAGAAAUGCGACGGAGCGAAAGCUAACCAUAUACAGUAGGCACAGGCCCAAAUGGGGCUUACAAUGACAUACAUCUGUACGGAAAAGGAAUACAGAACUACAUCAAUCUGCUAGGAGAAUGUAUCUAAUGUAUUAUUUAAAUGAAAAUGGAGAUCGUGUAUACACGUUAAAAAAACUUGAUCCAAAUGGAAAACCAACUAUGUCUGCACAUCCUGCGAGGUUCUCUCCGGAAGACAAAUAUUCGAGAGAACGAAUUACGUUAAAGAGAAGAUAUGGUUUACUUCUGACUCAGGCCCCAAUGCCUGUAUACUAAUGCAUCAUUUCAAAUUAAAUAAGAUGAAGAUAUAUAUUAACGAAUUCAUUACGUUAAUAGAAAUAUAUUGCUUAUGUAUCUCAUCCUGCCUUCGAUACAUAUGAAAUGAAAAUUUCUUUUAAAAUUUAUAUCAAUAGAAUUAAAUGAUGCACCGUGUCAUAAUCGUGUUUAUACUGUAAUAUACAUCAUUGUUUCAUACAAAUGUCUUUUAUUUACAUUUAAUAUAUAGUUUGAUAUUAUAUAUAAAAAAAUAAACUUACUUUAUCGUACAGUAGUUUUAAUCAAAUAUAUGAUACAGCUUUGCUGGUAAACAGUGCAGAUGAAAAAGUGUAAAUUAAAUCAAAACAAUGUCAAAAAAAUAGAUAACCAAAACAAUAUGUGUGAUUAGAUGAUUGAAAUAAAUUUGAAAUACUCAUUUUAAUAUCUAA